AUGAAUUGUUAUUAUUGUCACUUGCUAAUAUUCACAAUAACAUUAUCCACAACAUCUCUUCAAAUCUCAGCCGUCGGAUAUCCGAUCAACAUCUGGCCCAAGCCCACACGGACCGACUGGCCCAACCCACAGGCCAUCGGGCUCUCCGACAACUUCAACAUCUCCGGCGCCCCCCGCCACCGCCACCUCGCCGCCGCCAUCCUCCGCUACCUCAAUCUGAUCGCGAACGAGGCCCACCGCCCUCUGAUCCCCCCGUCCCUCAACCUCACCUCGUCGCCGCCGCUCAAAACCCUCAAAGUCAGCGUCUCAAACCCCGCCGCCGCCCUUGCCCACGGCGUCGACGAGUCGUACACCCUCUCGGUCCCCUGCACGGGGGCUCCCGCGGUCCUAGCCUCGUCCACCCCAUGGGGUGCGAUGCGCGGGCUCGAGACCUUCUCCCAGCUGGUGUACUCGGCGCCGCCGAAGGCGGCAGCCUGUGGCUUGAGGAUCUCCGACGCGCCGAUGUUCGGCCACCGCGGCGUGCUGCUCGACACGUCGAGGAACUACUACGCCGUGGAGGAUCUGCUGCGGCUGAUCCGGGCGCUGAGCAUGAACAAGAUGAACGUCUUCCAUUGGCACAUAACCGACUCGCAGUCGUUCCCGCUGGUGCUUCCGUUGGAGCCGCGGCUGGCGGCUAAGGGGGCGUACGGGAAGGAGAUGGUAUACACGGCGGAUGACGUAAAGAGGGUAGUGAAUUGCGGGAUGGAGCAUGGGGUUCGGGUCGUGCCGGAGAUCGAUAUGCCAGCCCAUACCGGCUCAUGGGCCAAGGCCUACCCAGAGAUCGUCACCUGUGCCGACAUGUUCUGGUUUCCGGCAGGCGCCAAAUGGGAGGACCGCCUUGCGUCCGAGCCCGGCACUGGCCAGCUCAACCCCUUAAUCCCCGAAACCUACAAAGUCGUGAAAAAUGUGGUCCACGACGUCACCGAAAUCUUCCCGGAUCAAUUCUUCCAUGCGGGAAACGACGAAAUCACCCCUAAUUGCUGGAAAAUCGACUCCAAAAUCCAAAAAUACCUCUCCAAAAACAAAUCCCUUAGCCAGGUCCUCGAAAUAUUCGUGAACUCCACUCUACCCUACAUCAUAUCCCGAAACCGAACCGUGGUCUACUGGGAGGAUGUCCUGUUGGAUGCCAAGGUCAAAGUGGGCCCAACAUUGCUCCCGACCGAGCACGUGAUCCUUCAGUCUUGGAACAACGGCCCGAACAACACCAAGAGAAUCGUGAGCUCGGGCUACCGAGCAAUCGUGUCCUCAGCCGACUACUAUUACUUGGACUGCGGGCACGGGGGUUUUCUAGGCUAUGACAGCCAGUAUAAUCAGCCCCCGGGCUCGGAUCAAGGAAAUGGAGGGUCUUGGUGCAACCCGUUUAAGACGUGGCAGAUGAUGUAUAAUUACGAUAUAACCUAUGGUCUGAGCAAGAAGGAGGCAAAGAUGGUGCUCGGUGGUGAGGUGGCGCUUUGGUCGGAGCAGGCAGAUGGGACGGUGAUGGACUCGAGAAUCUGGCCACGGGCGGCGGCGGCGGCUGAGUCGUUGUGGUUGGGAAAUAAGGAUGUGAGGAAGCGGUAUGCAGAGGCUGCGGAUAGGCUUAACGAGUGGAGGUAUAGAAUGGUGGCUCGGGGGAUCUGGGCCGAGCCGAUUCAGCCGCUAUGGUGCGUGAAGAAUACGGGGAUGUGCAACAAUGCUCCGUCGUCUUAG